UAUAAAGAGAUCUAUAACCUUGUGAUACAGGAUUAUCUGUGAGGAUGUACCAAACGGCGAUUCAGUGGCAGAGCAGCCCGACACAGAGAAAUACUACAUGCCACAUCAUGCCGUUCUUCGAGAGGACAAGGCCAAACUUUGCUGCUGUUGUUUGGGUCUCUCAUCUUCUCCCAAGUAAUCCUGUAAAGUUGUGAGAAGUGAAUUCAACAUGACCAGGCUCACAAUUCUAGCAGGCUUAUGUCUGGUGAUAUGCCAGUUGGGAUCUGCCACCCAAAUGGUGUGUUACUUCACCAACUGGUCUCAGUACAGACCUGGUGAGGGAAAAUACAUGCCACAAGAUGUGGACCCCUUCCUGUGCACCACCCUGAUCUAUGCUUUCUCAAUCAUCAACCAUAACAACGAGCUGGUUACCUACGAGUGGAAUGACGACGUCCUCUACAAGUCUUUCAAUGCCCUGAAGACCAAAAAUCCUCAUCUAAAGACUCUGCUGGCUGUUGGUGGAUGGAACUUUGGUUCAACACAGUUCUCCAUCAUGGUGUCCAAUUCAGCUAACCGUCAAAAGUUCAUCCAGUCUUCUAUCAAAUUCCUGAGGACUCAUGGAUUUGAUGGUCUGGAUCUGGAUUGGGAGUACCCUGGUUCUCGUGGAAGUCCUCCAGAGGACAAACAGAGGUUCACUCUGCUCUGCAGGGAACUCGUUGCUGCCUAUGCAGCUGAGGCCAAGGCCACCGGCAAUCCUCAGCUCAUGGUGACUGCUGCAGUGUCUGCUGGAAAGGGAACCAUUGAUGCUGGAUAUGAGAUUGCCGAGAUUGCCAAGGAACUGGACUUCAUCAAUGUAAUGACCUAUGACUUUCAUGGAACUUGGGAGCAGUUCACUGGACACAACAGCCCACUGUUUCGUGGAUCACAGGACCAUGGUGACCUCAUCUACUUUAACACCGACUAUGCCAUGAAGUACUGGAGAGACAAUGGCACCCCAGUGGAGAAGUUGCACAUGGGAUUCGCUGCUUAUGGACGUACCUUCCGUCUGACAUCACCAAACACUGAUGUUGGAGCCCCAGCGAGUGGCCCUGCAUCAGCUGGUCAAUUCACACGUGAAGCUGGAUUUUGGGCCUACUAUGAGAUUUGCGGCUUUGUGAAGGACACCACCAUUCAUUGGAUUGAGGACCAGAAGGUUCCCUAUGCCAGCAAGAAUAAUGAGUGGGUGGGAUUUGACACCAAGGAAAGCUAUGAGAUCAAGGUGCGUUACCUGCAGGAGCAGAAGUUUGGUGGUGCCUUUGUGUGGGCCCUCGAUUUGGAUGACUUUGCUGGACGGUUCUGCGGAGAGGGCAAACACCCUCUGCUGGCUCAUCUGCGCAAACUUCUUGAUAUUGUACUGCCCACACUGCCCCCUACCACCACCACCAAACCUGGACCUAGCACAGCCUCUCGUCCGACCACCACCUCCACUACCACCACCACCACCCACGCCCCAGGACCUGGCUUCUGCAAUGGCAAACCUGAUGGCCUGUACCCCCACCCAGACGACAGGACCAGCUUCUACAUGUGCGCUGGUGGCAUCACCCACGUGAGGAACUGCGGAAGUGGCUCUAUCUUUGAUGACAGCUGCAAGUGCUGCGUUUGGCCCUGAGCCAUGAGUGAAGACAAUGUGUAUUAAUACUGAUGCAAACAUUAGCUAUUAAACAUACUGUUAAAGUUCU